AUGAGAAAGAUACUUAAUGAUUAAAUUAAUAGUGGGAGAAGCGCCGAGCUAGAGGCAAAUUAAAAUUGCUUCGAUCAAACGUAUUUUGGCGAUAGUUUCCAAAUUUAGCAAGAGAGUUUGAGAAAUUUACAAUAAGAGGACGAUAUUGAUAACUUGAGAGGCGCAAAAUCAAAAUCCUAUGAGAAUAAAAAUAUUAAUUUAGAAUUUGGGUAGGAUCCUUUGAAAAACAUUAAUGAAAAUGGCCUAUUUACCCUUGAUGAAUCAUAGUAAAUUAGUCCUAUAAAUGACUAAGUACCAUUUGAGGCUCUUGAAAACUUGAAUUUUGAGGUUUAAAUUAAGUCUUUAGAUAAAGUGAGAAGCUAGAAAGAAAUCAAUGAAACUUUCAUUCACAUUGAUUAAUUUGAGAACGAUGAGAGCUAACUAAUCUCGAUUAUUGGAGAAUAAGAAAAUGGGUUAGAUGUUUCAGCCAUAUUUUCCAAGCCAAAUUUAAAUGACAAAAGCGGAUUUGCUGCUGACACAAGUUUGAUUUUAAACCAUGCCACAGGGUAAUUCAAUGACCAAAAUAACAAUUCAUUUUUACUCAUGUCUCCUCACUCUUAGAUUAUUGGUCAUUAGCGAAUUCCAAAUGACGAUUAAGAUCCGAUUGAUUAAAAUCAAGUCUAAUUUGUCAUUGAAGAAAAAAAUAAUGAAUAUUAGAAGGAUCGACAAGAAAAUUAAAUCUCAGCUGAAGUCAUGAAAUUAAUUAUCAAGGAUUUAUAGGCAACACAUUAAGCAGAAAAAGAUAAUUUGAAACUUGAAUUAGGGAUCUUCAAAAAAGAUGAAUUGAUUGAGAAGGAUAAGAUAGAAAGGGAGUUAAUAAAGCAAUAGCAUUUAAGACAGAAAUUAGAAAAUUAAUUUCGUAAAUUAAAAGACGAAAAUCGAAAGCUAAAUGAAAAAGUUGAAAUAAUGAGAAAGGUCAUGCUUGAAUUUGAUUUAUAAAAUAUAGAAGAAUAAACAUAAGAAAACAGAUUGUUACUGAUUUAAGAAACUGGUGGGCUUUAAGAUUAUACAUCACUUGAAGAGUAGCUGAAAGAUCUUGAAAAUUAGACAGUUAAUUUGCUAUUAGCAAGAGAAAAGGGAGAAUCUCCAGGUAGAAGACAGACAUAGAUAGGCUAUUAUAGUAAAAGACGAAACAACUCAGAGAGUCAAUAGCUGAGAUAAAUUCAAAAUACUGAACCAUUAAAUUAAUCGAUGCCAAAUGAAUUAAAGCAAAUCAUUCUUGAGAGGCAAAUGAUAAAAGAGGAUGAAAGAAAAAUUAAUCUAGAAAUGAGAAGGAUAGCAGAAGAGGAAAUAAUGAGAGAACUGAGGAUGGCAGAGGAUUAUUAUAAUUAAUCCGAAUUUUAAAAAACUAAUAAGAUUUUCCCUGUUUACAAUGACCAGGAAAUUCCAAAACAAGGACAUUAUAUAGAUGGUGAGGACGACGAGUAGUUUUAAAGAGAAGAAGGCUAGAAGUAUCAAUAUAAUGCAGAGGGGGGAUAAUAAAAUUACCAAGAUAAAGGCUUUAACUAACAGGACUCUAAUGAUUAAUAGUAUGAUUAAUAAGUAAACAAUGAAGAAGAAAAUGUGUUCAAAUACGGCAGCAUGGAAUAUUCAUAAGAGCAAAUAUAAUAGGAGGCAGAGAAUAAGGUAGGAAAUGAAUAAAGAUGA